GUCAGCUAGUGUUUGAAAAUUUUUUAUUCAAAGAUAGUACACGAAUUUAAAAUUUAAAGUAUUUUUUUUUUGCAUAUACGGGCGAAUGUACUUGCGUGCGGUUAUCGAAGCCCAUAGCCAACAAUUACUAAGUAAAUACCGCCACAAGCUUUGAGACAUGAAGUCUAGAUCUCGAUUGUAUAGUACCGGUAAUUAUGCAAAUUAUCAGCGGAUUCGAUUUUUAUUAUACGAUGGUCUUCCUUCAUUGUGGAAGUUUUUUUAUUUGCUUUUAAUUCCAUACCUACUUGGGUAGACGUGCUCAUAGCCCAACUAGUGUUAAGUGGUUACCGAAGCCCAUAGACAUCUACAACGUAAAUACCGAUACCCACAUUGAGAUGAUUAGUUCUAAGGUCUCAGUAUACUUACAUACAACGGCUGCCCCACCCUUCAAACGGAAAAGCAUUCACUGCUUCACGGCAGAAAAUGAGCAGGGUGGUGGUACCUAUCCGUGCGGAUUCCCAAGAGGUCCUACCACUAGCCAUUAAGCAAAUUAUAAUUUUGUGGGUUUUAUUUUUAUUACGCGAUGUUGUUCUUUUGCCGUGGAGUAAAUCAUCUCCAUUUCAUGUCAUUUCACUCCAUAUUAUCAUUUUUCUUAAAAAUAAGAAUAUAAAUUAAAAUAGACAUGACUUAAAAGCUUUAGUUACCAGGUCAUAAAAUCUUUUUAAAAAAUAUUGUGGUCGACUUUUUGGCGGGAACGCGAGGAGUGAAGUCGUCUGAUUUGUUUUAUUUUGUCUAUUUAGUGUUUCGUUAGGUUUAAAUGUGUAUUGACGUUGGUUUAUCAUUAUUAUUUAUUAAUUGUUUAGUAUCUGCGAUAGUACACAAAUGUGGGAAAAUGAAACAAAGCCGCUGAACGUAACUUCUCGAGAUCCUCCAAAACGUCCACCGAAAAAGUCUCAGUAAAUGACCACAAUUUUGCUGAGAUUGUAUAUUCCAUCCCAUAUCAUCUCAUAUCAUUUCAGUUCAUGCCAUGUUUUAUAUUAAUCAACUUCAUUUCAUUUCUUAAUAUGAUUUUUCAUUUAAAAAAAGUUUUCAUUAAAAUAGACUUGACCUAAAAGCCUUAGUUACCAGGUCAUAAAAUCUAUUAAAAAAUACAUAGCUGCCAGAGGCCUUGUCUCCGUCUGAAACUGAAGUUAGCCACUAAUGUCAAUAUUUUAAUUUUAUAGUCAUGAGUACAUAUGUACUGUUUUAUAGAUUUAAAAAAAAGAACCGUGUGUGUUAAAUUGCAACUAAAAAUUAAAAUAAAGACAAAAAUUGAACUGAAUAGUUGGAAAACGAAAUAUUAGAAGAUUGGAAAAAAUACGGUGGGUUAUUAAAUCCUAAAAUGAAAAGACCUGCUCAGUGUUUGUUUAAAAUCUUAAAUUAAAUUUGAAGCGUAACGAGUGGUUCAUGGUUUUUACGGCACUACGGUCAGUCACUAUAGUGAUGUUUAAAGUCUGUUUUCUUCACAAAUGUAACCAGUCGCUGACUAGAGUGUGAAACUGAAAUUGGCAGCUCGUCAAGCUGGCGGCCCUUCAGGAUGUGGACCGCGCGCCCUCGCUAGCACCGCGUACAACUCGCAACGUCGCUACUCUAACUGAGGUGUGCAAUAGCGAGGAGGUGCCCGAGGUAGAGAUCGUCAGCCUUCUCCAAGAGCACAUACCAAAGUAUCGGCUGAGAGCAGAUAGUCUAACGCAAUUCGGAGGAUACGAAAAUCAAGAUUGGUUCAUUCCGUCGCCUGCGCUGCCAGUCAGCUCUGCGGACUUGGAACUAACACCUGACCAGAUCAGGGAGACGCUCAAUUACUUCCUUCUAUGCAGCAACAGGGUGAGCCAAAUGACAAAAACCUACAAUGACAUCGAAGCGGUAACACGGCUCUUAGAAGAAAAAGAGAAAGAUUUGGAAUUGACGGCACGUAUCGGUAAGGAAUUGCUGACUGCUAAUGGACGUUUGGAGUCUCGCGUCACAGCACUUGAAGGAGAGUUGAAAACGGCACGGGACCACAUUACGCAACUGAAGCACGAUCUCAGUGCCAAGACUGAUCUAUUACAGGUGCUAACAAAUGACACAGAAGAGGGGUCCCCUACGGAGCAGGAGGAGGCGAGUGCGGCUGCGUUGCGACGUCGGACCGGCGCACUGGAGCGGGAGAACCGCGCCCUGCGCGAUGAGGCGGCGCGCCUCGCGGCCGGCGCCGACUCCGCCGAGCUCGCCGAGAGACAGCUGCUGCGUGACAUCGUGCAACAACUCACAAGUGCGAACUCUGAGGCCAGCGCGUUGGAAACCGAGCUGCUCGAAGAGAGGCAACGCUCUGUCGAUCUUCAACAGCAGCUGGACAGCACUCGAUCGAGGUUCGCCUUCAACGAAAGAGACUUUAAACAGCUAACGACGGAACAUGAGCACACGCUGCGAAUAUUAGAAAUAACAAAGGAGAAUCAGAAUGCACUCGCAGCGGAACUGGCCGAUGUUAAGGAGCGAUAUGCGGAAGUGGCAGCGCAUCUGGCGGAGGCGCAGGAGCAGCUGCGGGCGCUGCGGCGGCGCGGGGAGGGCGCGCGCGGCCUCAUGCCCAGCGUGGCGGCCGCCGCCGGCCUGCUGCCCCCCACGCUGCACCGCGAGAUGCACUCCUCCGUCUACUCGGAACUCAGCCUCGAUUCCGGUAUUGGCGAUCCACUUGCACAUUCAAGUAUGCAGAAAGUGUUUGAAACGGUGCAGUGCGCGUCGCGGUGGUCGGGCGCGUCCAACGCGUCGCUCCCCGGCUCCGACGUGGCGGACGCGCCCCGCCCUCCCUUCUUCAAGAACAAGCCGCCCUCACACGACUCUUUCCUCGACGAAACCUCCGAUACGGAAUCCGAAGAUUUAUAUCCCGGCGGCACGGCGGUAGGGGUGCCGGGGGCGCCAGGCGCGGCCGAGCUGGCGGCGGCGCUGCGCCGACUCACGCCGCAGGAGAUCGACUCGCGACGAGCCUCGCUCACCGCCUCACACGCGCGACCUCUGCGACGUCAUGGAGAGAGAGAUUCGAGCGUAGAAAGUGCUGUAUGGGGAGCCGGGGCUGCCGGCGGCAUGGUUCGGUUCCGAACACCGCACAAACUUCAGAUCGUCAAACCUCUUGAAGGUUCCUUGACCCUCCAUACCUGGGCGCAACUCGCUAAACCGAAUAUGUCAGGCUUACUGGAAGAACAAGAGGGUGUCGGAGUGAGAGGAUCCAGGACAGCACCAGGCAUGGGCUUACGGCUGUAUCGAUUGUCUGACGUUGAAGAAGACGACGACAUGCUACGAUUGCCGCACUCCAGCCACAUAUACACCUUCACUAACAGCUCCGUGUGCUUCGACAGCACCGUGCUACAUCCCAACGACGGCAGCCUCGCGGGCAGCAGCGUGAGCAGCGUGUGCAGUAGCGGGAUGAGCAGUCUCUCCAGCAGUGUACUCGGCACCGCGUGGAGCUCGCGGCUCACGUCGCGCCGCUCCUCCGCCGCCGUCUCCCCAGUGCACUCCAGGCGAGAAUCAGUCUGUCUGCCACCCUCGCGGCCGCACUUCACGCCGACCGCCACCCCUGCCAACAGCCCUCUACUGGGUUCGCCAGACUCUUCUCCGCCACCCACACCUCGCCCCGGUGACGCGCCUCCCUCUUUGCACUCGCUCAUUGCGAGCGGCACGUCGAUACUGCGGCGCAGAUACCUCGCCGGAACCUCACCUAACUCCGAAGGUUCGCCAGCGCCGCUCGCCCUGCAGACGCCGGGUUCACUUUACACGGGGCUUGUACAUCGCAGUCCGAUGGAACAACUGACGUGCUUGAAACGAACGUUGCGAUCCCCGGCCGCCCCUCCCCAGGAACGGGGGGAGAGCAGUGAAACGCCAUUAGGAGUGCCAGCAACACCAGGGUCGGGCGCGUUAGAGCUGAGCGCUCCAAACCGCGGCCGGCGACCGCGUGCGCGUGCCCCCCGCCCCCGCUCAGAUCUAGGCACGGUGGGGGGCCCGCUGGGGGGCCCGGCACCACCCGCGCAUGCCUCGCCGCUCGGCACAUUCAGUAUGCUUUUUGGUAGAAAAGGUGGACUCCUGUGAAGUUAAUUUGGAAACUUAGCGUUUGUUUGAUAUCGUUAGACAUUCUUCCUUGAUUGAAGAGCUUUUAAGAAAUAAUUCGAUUAGUUUUUGUGAAUGUUAACUGUCCAACUAUUGUCGAUUUGUUGUUUUUUAUCGGCCGUUACAGUAGAGGAUGCUGCAAUUUUUAUGUUUUGAUUUUGUGUAUUUAUUGUUUAGGUUUCUCAAAUUUUAGAUUAUUUUGACAAUUUUUUAUUUAUUUAUAUUACGUUCGGUCAUCUCGUCGCUUCCUGCAUUUAUAAAUGACCGAUGGCAGAGUGAGCAAGACGAAGUGUUGCACCGCAAUUGUGUUUGUUUCGUAGCGGACGUAUGUAGCUCUAGUUUAAACAUUCCCACGCCUCAUUCAUUUAAGCAAAAGUGGACUAUCUCGUUAACUUGUGCGUCCAUUACAAUCACGGCUACGAACAAUUUCUCUAUAAAUUCAAGACAUAUUUAUGUGCGAAAUAAUACGUUCGAAGUAGUUUUGUAACAUCACAAUAUUUUCUUAUAAUAUGUUUAUAAUCAAUCUAUUGACGGUGUUUUGUAAAUUAUCGGAAACAAUUCCGUCACCGAAAAGUCUGUAGUAUCGUAAGGGUUGUAAUAAUUAUAUAAUUAUAGGUAAAUAGUGAGACUUAACCGUAGUGAAGAUGCUUUAUUUAAAUUUAGUUAUCAUUUUUUAAAUUCCAAAUCUCAUUUUAGCUUGAAUGUUGUCUGUCGUGCAUAUGAUUGAUAUGAUUACUUGUUUAGUAAUAGUUUUGUAUUGUGUCAUUGUAUAUAAUUGAAUUUCCAUUAAUUUAGAAGAGUACAAAUUAAUAUGUUUAUUAUGAUCAAUAUUAGUGACAUUAGAAUCAAUAUCGAUUUUCAUAAUUUUAUAAAUGGUAAUUUGAUUCAAUAAUUAAAAUUUAGAGGUUAAUUGGUGCGUACCGUAGUUAUAAAUAGGAAAUUUAAUUUAAUAUUGAAUCCUAAUACUGCUGAAAUAGUGCUAUUUUUUGUUAUGGAAAACGUUAGUGCAAAGUAUUUCUUUUUUUUGUGUCAAUUGUAACACCUUAUUUAUAUUUAGAUUUAACUUUAUUUGGAAAUAAACUCUUACUGCAAGAGGCCGCAUAUAGUCGGGUGCUAAGCAGCUUGAAGAAGAAUUAUUGCAAAUGAUUGAGAACUUGCACUACGUUUUGCCACACGCGACCAGUUGAUUUGUUUUAAUUGCGACUUAUUUAGGUUACUAAAAUCGGUGCUAGAUAGUUAUAACGCCAUCGCGCCAAUGGAGUUUCGUUAGUGUAAAUACUAACUAAUAUGGUGAUUAUUUUUUUGCAGUCAUGACAUAAAUCACAAACGAAUCACAAUCACUAAGUUUUCGGUAAAAUGGUAAAGGCUGUGAGGUGGUAGCAUAUGAUAAUGCGUAUUACAUUAUAUCAGAUGAGUGAUUAACAUAAUUGAAGUAGGCACAAAUUUCAUUAUAAUGUAAGCGAAAAUUGUUAAGAUUCUGACGAUUACAACACAAUGAUAAAUGAUUGUAACAAAAAAGAAAUAUAAUUAUCCAAAUGAA